AUGUCACGUAUUAUUGUUAAAGGUCUACCGAUAUAUCUUAAUGACGAUCAGUUGCGUGAACAUUUCACAAAGAGACUAGUAAAGACUCAUCAAACAUCUCAAAUUAAUGGAUUGAUUACAGAUGCAAAAGUAGUUCGUGAUAGGAAUGGACAAAGUAGGAGGUUUGCAUUCCUGGGGUUUAAAGAUGAUCAAGAUGCUAGGGAUGCGGUUGAAUAUUUUAAUGGAUCUUACAUUAAUACUGCUAAAUUGGAAGUUGCUAUUGCAAAGAGUUUUGCAGAUCCAACAGUUCCACAAGCAAUGAAAGAGAAAAAGAGAGAAGCUUAUAAGAGAAUGAGACAAAGGGAACAGGAGUUGUUAUUAGCAUCAGAAGCAGAAUCAGGUCAUAAUGGUAAGAAAGCUAGAAUUGAGAAACAUGCAGAUAUAGACUCUGAGAUUAAAAAGAAUAAACAAUUGCAAGAAUUUAUAGAGACAAUGAAACCUAGUAGUCAAGUAACCUCGUGGGAACAAUCUACGACAAAUAAUGAUGAUGAUACUAAGGAACAAAAUGGAAAUGUUGUUGGAAAUUCACUUUUAGCACAAGCAUUAGCAAUAAAGGAUAAUAACAAUGAUAGUGAUGAUAAUGAUGAUAACAAAGAACAACAAAAUAAUAGUGACGAAGAAUACGACGCAUUCAAUGCUGAGAAAGAGGAUGAGGAAGAGGAUGAGCCUAUGAUGAAACUUGAUCAAGUGGUCACUGAAGAUAAAGAAACCGUUGGUGCAGAUGGAGAACUUGCAAGGGACGAUGCUGUAUCAGAUUUAGAUUGGUUAAAACAGCGUCGUGUCAGAAUUAGAGACGGUGAAUCCGAACCUGUUAGACCAAGUCAAAAUAAGACAACUUCUGACGAGAAUGCAACUGAAGAGAUCCACGAUAGUGAUGCUGUGAAGGAGGAGGAGGAAGAAGAAGAGAAAAAAUCUGCAGAAGAAACUGCAAUGGAGAAGAUCAAAGAAUCAGGACGUUUAUUCCUGCGUAACAUUCUUUAUUCUGCGACAGAGCAAGAUUUCAAAGAAUUAUUUGAACCUUUUGGUGAAAUGAAUGAAGUCCAUGUGGCUUUGGACACUAGAACGGGACAGUCAAAGGGGUUUGCUUAUAUUCAAUUCAAGGAUCCAGAAGAUGCUAUUCGUGCUUACAUCGAAUUGGAUAAACAAAUCUUUCAAGGACGUUUAUUACAUAUUUUACCAGCAGACGAAAAGAAGACACAUCGUCUUGAUGAAUUUGAUUUGAAGAAUAUGCCAUUAAAGAAACAAAGAGAAUUGAAGAAAAAAGCCCAAGCAUCAAAACAAACUUUUGCUUGGAAUUCAUUAUAUAUGAAUCAAGAUGCUGUUUUAAGUAGUGUUGCCUCUAAACUUGGUAUGCAAAAGUCAGAAUUGAUUGAUGCUGAAAAUUCAAAUUCUGCUGUGAAACAAGCCUUAGCGGAAGCUCACGUUAUUGGUGACGUUAGAAAAUAUUUCGAGGGUAAAGGUGUUGAUUUGACUAAAUUUGGGAACUUAAAAUCACCUGAGCAAAGAGAUGAUUGUGUUAUCUUAGUCAAGAAUUUCCCAUAUGGUACCACAAGAGAAGAUCUUGGUGAAUUGUUUUUACCAUUCGGUAAAUUGGAGAGAUUCUUAAUGCCACCAGCAGGAACGAUCGCCAUAGUACAAUAUAGGGAUAGAACAGCUGCCAGGGCAGCUUUCACAAAAUUAUCCUUCAAGAGAUACAAGGAUGGUAUUAUUUACUUGGAAAAAGGUCCUAAGGACUGUUUCACUAGAGGUGCUAAUACAGAUGAAGCAUUAGAAGAAGACAAACAAUCACAAGAAACUAAUGCAAAGCAGGUUAAAGCUUCUGUCAAUGAUUUGAUGGAUACAAAUUCUACAGGCCAUACCACUAACGAAACUAAGAGUACACAAGAAGAUGAGGAUGUAUCCAUCGCUGAUGGUCCAACUGUGUCAAUUUUCAUUAAGAAUUUGAAUUUCACAACAACAACUCCUGCAUUAAGUGAUAGAUUUAAGCAAUUUAACGGAUUUGUUGUGGCUCAAGUGAAGACGAAGCCUAAUCCAAAGGAUACACAUAAACCUUUGUCGAUGGGUUUCGGUUUUGCUGAAUUCAGGACUAAAGAGCAAGCUAAUGCUGUUAUCUCAGCUAUGGAUGGCUCUGUAAUUGAUGGACAUAAAAUCCAAUUGAAAUUAUCUCAUAGACAAGGUAAUAAUAAUAAUAAUAGCGCAAAUGGUAAGAAGAAGAGCAGUAAAAGUGGUAAAAUUAUUGUUAAGAAUUUGCCAUUUGAAGCCACAAGGAAAGAUGUCUUCGAAUUAUUUAAUUCAUUCGGUCAACUUAAAUCUGUUAGAGUACCGAAGAAAUUCGACAAAUCUGCCAGAGGUUUUGCAUUUGUUGAGUUCUUGUUACCAAAAGAAGCUGAAAAUGCAAUGGAUCAAUUACAAGGUGUCCAUUUGUUAGGUCGUAGAUUAGUUAUGCAAUAUGCUCAACAAGAUGCUGAAAACGCCGAAGAAGAAAUCGCUAGAAUGACCAAAAAGGUAAAGAAACAGGUCACAUCUGCUGAAUUGUCUAAUUUGAGAAGUAGCGGUGGUAGAAAAAGACUGGAACUUGAUGAUGGUGAAAACGAUGGCCUAGAUGGUUUUUAA